AUGCGAUUUCUUUGCCUCCACGGGCGAGGCACAAACAGCCAAAUCAUGGAAUCCCAGAUCGCUGCCCUUCGCCAUGAGCUGGACAGUAUACACACCUAUGAUUUUGUUGAAGGCACGAUCCCUUCACCAUUAGCUCUAGGUGUGAUCCGACCCCUUCCCUCCUCAUCCGUUCAUGGGCUAAACGGUUCGCCUUACCUAGAGCUACGGGACUUCUUCCCGAGCAACCAGACGUACUAUGACUACUUCUCUGCAGAGUCGGCGGACAGUAUAAUCGCGGCUCUGGACAGCCUUGCCAAAUUUCUCGAGGUGGAGGGUCCUUUCGAUGGUGUCAUUGGGUUUUCAAUUGGCGCAGGCCUGGCAGCCACGCACCUCAUCCAGCAAGCGCUGCGCUACCCAGAGAAACCGUCUCCAUUCACAUGCGCCAUAUUUUUCUCCGCAGCGGCUCCAAUCGACCCCCUAGCUUUAGAGCGUGGUGAGGUGAGAUUGUUGGAUCCCGAUACCCACCGCCAUCAAUUCUUGCUGGGGUUGCCUACGGCGCAUAUUUGGGGGCGGAACGACGAUCUAUGGAAGCACCGAAGCGAGAUGCUCUACGCCGUUUGCGACCCCAAAGGGCGGGGCAUGGUUCUGCACGAUGAAGGACAUGCCAUUCCAGGGGCACGGGCAAAGGAGGCAUUGCUGGAAAGCGUGAGGCUCAUCCGCAGGACGGUGGGUAGAGCGGUAAUGGCAAGUUAA